GUUAGCAACACCGAUGCUACGGAAGUAACGUCACUGUUGACAGAACAUGAGUGUGGCGUGAAAGUGAAGGGGUGGCGGCAGCGCUAGCCAAAACCAGCUAUGUUUACUUGAGAUAAAUCACUGAAAGGCAGCUAUGUUUCACCUGUAAUGAAAGCCGCCAGGUGAGCCAUGGAUUUCCUCACCCUUUUCGCCAUAUAUGUAGUGGUGGUGCUGACAUGCAUCGCCCUGGUCUGCAGGUACUCAGGCCAGCAGCAGACCCCCUUCACUUUACUCGUCAACUACAUAUCAAAGGUGAUUGCUCCAAUCACACCGAAAUGGCUGCAGAGUUUUUCACAGUGGGCCUUGCACAGACUGUUUCAUCAAAGAAGCAGCAUGUUCAUCUGCCUGCACGUCCUGCUGGAGGCUGCUGUGUAUGCAGAGUUCACCUAUGAGGUGUUUGGCUACUGCAGGGAGAUGGACACGACUCUGAGCAGCCUGGCUGUGCCUUACGUCCUGCUGGCCAUCAAGACCUUCUUCUUCUACCUCUGCAUCAAGAGAGACCCAGGCACUGUGACAAAAAAGAGAGUCGCUGGCCAGCUGCAGAUUUAUCCUUAUGACAGGAGGAUGUUUCACCCCGGAGUCUCCUGUCCAACCUGCCAGCUGAUUAAACCCGCUCGCUCCAAACACUGCAGACUCUGCAACAGGUGCGUUCAGCGUUUUGAUCACCACUGUGUGUGGGUGAACAACUGCAUCGGAGCCCAGAACACGCAUUACUUCCUGCUCUACCUGUUCACCGUGUGCGCCAUGGCGGGAGACAUUGCCCUGCUGACAGGUGACAUGCUGCUUCAUGCCGUGCUGCGUUCAGGGCUUCUGAGGGCCAACUACAUAGACGAGCAGGGCCAGCAGCAGCAGGCAGGGCCUCUGUUUGUCAUACAGCACCUGUUCCUGACUUUCCCCCGGAUUGUCUUCAUGCUGGGCUUCCUGGUCUUUGUCUUCUUCCUGCUGGCGGGUUACGCUCUGUUCCAUUCCUACCUGGCCCUCAUCAAUCAAACCUCCAACGAGUGGUACAAAAGCCGCGGCUACGUCUGCCAGCACUGCCACCCGACCUCCGCAGCAGACCACUUCUGCAGCCCGGCGCCCGACCGCUCCAAAAGACACUUCUACAGCAGAGGGGUACUCCGAAACCUGGGAGAGAUCUUCUUCCCCCCGAGACCUGUUCAUAAGAAAGAAAACUGAGAGAUAACUGUCAUGCACUGUUGUUACUCCAUGUUCACAUCACGUCAGAUUUACUGUAAAUACGACCUCCUGACUGGGAAAUACUGUUCACCUCAUAUAUAUGGUUUGGGAUUAUUUGUGGAAUCUUUGUGCUAUGACUUACAGGUGUUAACACAGGCAAAAAACACUAGAGCAAAUCCACCAAUGCCAGGACUGGCUGUCCAAAAUAAUAAAAAUCACAUUCAUCUGUUAUACUCGCAUUAAUACAUGUGCAUUUCUUCUUAUAAAAAUGAAAUCAUGUCUGCUGCAGCUUGUUCAUGGUUGAUUUUAAAUCCUAAACUGUAAACACAUGAACACUUCAACUUGUUAUCAGUGAGAUUUCAUGCCAUUGUUUCAUUUGUUCUGAUGUGAUGUGAACCUGACAUUCGUUCACUGCUUUUGGAUGUUUUACAUUGUGUUUUUUUAUAUGAUAAUGUUCCAUUUGCUGGGAGUGACAGAUUUGAAUAGACUGAUUUUUUUUUAAAUAAUCA